AUGAAUGGAACUGAUGAACACAAUGACGAACCAACUGAAGACAAGUGGACUUGUCAGAUCAUGGCAGCAGAAGGAGUUGGUGGUGUCGUAGGGAACCUCUUAGUGUGCUACGUCAUCCUACGCGUCAAAUUCUUACACAACAUGACGAACUACCUGCUGGUGAAUUUGGCUGUUGCUGAUAUGCUGCUGUGUCUGCAAGUAUUCUUAAAUGCUCUAACAUCAGACUGUAACCUGAUUGCCUUUGCUCCACUAAGCAACGGCGUGAGAGACUUGUUCUGCCGACUUUUGGAGUCAAGGUUUUUAGCAUGGGCAAUGUCCUGUGCCACUGCCUACAAUCUCUGUGUGGUUACAUUAGAGAGGUACAUUGCCAUAGUACACCCUCUACACUAUGCGCGGAAACUUACAACAGCACGGAUGGUUACUUUAAUUGCCCUAGUGUGGGUGAUAUCAUUUCUGAUACCCUUACCUUUUCUAUUCACAAUCGAACCAAGCAAUGACCCAAAUAAGAUGUGCUCAUUCAAAUAUCCUCACCUUUUACCCCCAGUUCUACUCGGUAUCAUUGGAUUUCUCUUUAUAUAUUUGUUGCCCUUAACACUGAUGAGUGUGGCCUAUUAUAAGAUGCAGGUCACCCUCAAAAGACAAGCCAAAGCCCUGCACCAGCAACAUGCACGGGCAGCAGCCUAUGAUCUUGUGAUUGCUAGACAGAACCUGGUCAGCAUGCUUAAAACUGUCUUGGGAGCUCUCAUUGUCUUAUGGACACUGGAUUAUUUAGCUAUUCUUCUCUGCUUGCAUCGAACAGACAAGGCUCAGUUCUCAUUUUGUGGAUCAAAAGUAUUCAGCUAUAUCAGAAAUUUCUCCAAUUUACUGUACAAUUUAAAUUCAGUCAUCAAUCCAAUCAUCUAUGAGUUUAAAUACAAGAAAUUCAGGCAAGGUUUUAAGGUAGCAUUCUGCAACUGCUUUAAAAAUCAUGGUGGUAACAGUGUUGACGUUGAGAUGGUACCAUUAUGA